AUGGAGUUGCUGAUUUUCUUGAGUUGCAUCUUCAUGCUUUUUGUCGAAUUGCAACAGAAGAGCAAAGUGUCGGGUCAUUUUGAGCACCCUCGGCAGACCCCGGCUGAAAGGGGUUCACUGGAGUUUGCGAAGAGGUUCUCAAAGUUUCGAUGGUGUUUUCAUGGUUCGUUCGUGGGCUGGAAUAGAUUUGCAAAAAAAAGCAGGCUGUCCGUCCUUGAGCUUUUCAGUGAUCCCAGAGAGUCGCGUGACUUGUCUUUUUGCGUUGGCACUGGCACUUUUCUUUCAUCUCGGUCGAACGCUGGGUCUCGCUCGGUCUGCUUGCUUGGAAAAAGCAAUCAAAACGGUGCUUUCUAG